AUUUAUAUUACGUCUAUAAAUUUAGUAAACAAAUACAUUUGUGAAUCGUAAACGCGCAAUUUUCCCGAGUAAUCCUCCGCACGUGAAUAAUCGCGCGCUCGUCACGUGACUGUCGUUUGCAGUCAUGGCGGACGACUACAGACGAAGCGUCGAGCUGGAGAGGAGGAUUUUUGAGUUGGAUAACAAGUGUGCCACACUUCGGGUGGAGAAACCAGAUGAUGAUUAUUUACAGAAUGCAUCUUCCAUAUUAGACAAGUUGAAAACCUUUUACAGACAUGGAGGAGAGAGCAGCAGCCUCCCUAAACUUCUGCAGGAUUACACACAGGUUGUCUUGGACAUUACGUUCUAUGAGGAAAACAAGCUUGUAGAUCAGGAGUUUCCCGAAGAUACUUCUCCUUUUAAAAUUCAGCAGUUACUACAGGACUUGACAGAGCCAGAGGUUUUAGCAGGGCGACUGGUACCUUCUCAAGAGGUGCAGUCUGUGCUGGGGCUGGAGCUCUUGGAGUGCCUAUACUGGAGGCGUGGGGCAUUAUUAUAUAUGUACUGCCACACACUGCACCAGCGCAAGCAGUGGAUCAAGAAGAACAAAGCCACAUUCCUUAAGUGUCUUCAAGAAGGUGUGCGUUACCUUAUGAGAAUGUUGCAAGUGAGGAACUCGGUGAAGCUGAACGAUGGUGUGGUUUUUCAUGACUCUGCGACCGCCAAUUUUCUGGCAGAAGGUAUCUUUUCUGAUACUCACUUGCUUACAAUGAUGUACAUUGGUGAGAUGUGCUUCUGGGCAGUAAAAUAUGAGGACUGCAGCAUGGAUAGCACAGAACGAAAAGAGGACAGGCUUCAUUUCCGGGACAUCGGCACACAAAUCCUGCAUAAGUAUGUGCUGGCAUGUGAGGGGCCGCUUCAGGGUCAGGGCUGGAACACAGAGAACGCCAAGGAGAUCCUAAGUAUUUUACAGUAAACCUGGCCAGAGGUUUAAGGAGGGGUUCACAAAAUGUCAUUGUUCUGAAGCUAGCAAAAAAGCAAACAAACAAAAAAAAUUAAAAAGAAAAAACUGAAAACAAAAAAGGCACUUAUCUUCCAAUCCAGAUUUGUUUUCUGGAUGUGUGUUUUCGCUGAGAAUGUUGAAUAAUACUUCUAAUGUAAAAUAUAAACAAAUAACUAUUUGUUUAAGAAAAAAUAUUCCAGCCGAGAAACGUCACGCUACUCUCUUUAUUUAUUUUAAUUUUUAUUUAUUUAUUUUUAAUUACAUUUAUAUAUGUCAUUUAUAUAUGUUAAAAGAAAUGGUACAAAGGAGCGGGAGAAAUGCAAAUAUAUGUUGCAAAUUUAAGUAUUCAUGACCAUUUUUAUGUAUGGCCCUUUUCUUUUUAAUAACACAUUUGUAUGACACCUUUUGCUUUUUAAAAGUUGCAUCUUUAUUUCUUUUGAUGACAAGAUGUAAUGCUCACAGAUGGAAAUUUGGAUAUUUUGAUAGUGCAAUUUUAAAAGCUGAACUUUUUGGUCAUAUUCGUUUGGAAAAGUUCAUUGUUCGUUUUUUAUGUCUUCAUGGAAAAUAAAUUUUGGGUUAAGAAAUGUGAAUGUAUCACUGUCAGUAAAUGCUUGUAAACACCAUUAGUUCAUCUUAAGUGUAAGCAUUGAUGUGAAACAAACACACCAUGCUUUUGCUGAAACACAAGUGCAUUUAUCUUGCUAAAUUUCAAAGUGAUGCUUGUAUACUAACAGAGGUAAUAAAGUAAAAAGCUAAUAACAAUA